AUGGGCGGACUAAAUGAACAAGAACGUAUCCGACAACUCGUCGUCAAUGACAAGAACCCUUCACUUGAUGUCGGGCCUAAUGGUCGUCCUCUAUUCACCUCGGCGCCUUCCUUCUCCCACCUCUCCCGCAACGAUGCCCGCACCUACUUCAAGAAAAGGUUGGUGAUCCGGGAUUUCAAGACCAAUGAUCCUUAUGUUGUACUCAAACUAGGGAACCAGAAUGAAGAGCUAAAUUUCACUCUGAAAGAACCCUUGGGUGUUCUGAAUUUGGUGAGUUUCAAAUAUCUAGUAUGCCCCUUCGUUCUUGCUUUCUUCAAUCUCUAG